AACAGAAUAAAAUCAAUAGAAAAUAUGAAUGCUUGGAACAUAAGAGUGCAAGGUAGAAUGCCUCAAAAUUCAACAACAAAAUGGCAUUCACCAAGAAUCAAGAUAAAAUUUAACCAAGCAGUCAAAAUUGAGAGACGAGCUAAUCAUGAAACAAGCAAUAGAAUUUCAAAAAAUUAAGCCCACAAGAGAUUCCAAUAAUGACAAUCAGAACACGGAUUCAAGAGCAGAUAUAAUUAGAAUGUCAAGAUCUAGCACUUCAAGUACUAGAAUUAAUUAACAGAACAAAGCAAUGGCUGGAAUCAAGAUGCCUAGAAGAUUCAUGUCUUCUAAUUAAAAGGGCAAACAAAAAUCCAAGCAGCCAGAUCAAAGAACCAUUUCACUUGGAACAAAACUCUAGGGCAUCAAGUAUUUCAAGGACUACCCCUUUACCUCGUAGCUCAUGGAGACUACAAUCUGCUUAGCCUAGACAUUCUAGAGUCAAGUCAAGCUAAGACAUCAAGAAUACAGAGACUAACACUUGCGAGAGAUAGGAAUUAGGAUGCCUCACAUAGAUAUUUCCUAAUAAUCAUCACCCCUCCUAAAGAGGUGUCCAUAUGAACAAAAUCAAAAAUCAAGAAGAUCAUCAAGUAUAUUGACACAAGAACUAGCAGAAUAUUCAAGAUUCAAGCAAGAGCAGUAUACAAAAUUUGAACAAGAAUGAGUGUCAGAACAAGAAUGGUUUUCAAGGACAACUCAAAAUAGAUUUCAAGAACAGUGCAAUAAUUAAUUUCAGACAAGAAUCAAGAUAAUGAGGAUUU